CCUCAGUCCUUGUCAACAACAAGACAAGUCAAAGCAGGCCAUCAUGGCAGAAGUAGCACCAGCCGCACCCGCUUCGUCGAAGACGGCCAAGAAGAAGAAGAGCAGCAAGACCGUGAAGGCUGGAGUCAGCGUCUCCGAGCUGAUCACCCAGGCUGUCUCUAAGUCCAAGGAGCGUAAAGGAGUCUCUCUAGCCUACCUCAAGAACUCCCUCAACGCCGCCGGUUACGAUGUAGAGAAGAACAAGGCUCGCAUCAAGAUCGCCGUCAGGAAACUGGUGGCCAAGGAGGUCUUAUUGCAGACCAAGGGUACCGGCGCUUCCGGCUCCUUCAAGAUGAACAAGGCGUCCGAAGCCAAGCCCAAAAAGGCUCCCGCUAAGGGGAAGAGCCCCGCCAAGAAGCCCCCAGCCAAGAAAUCACCAGUGAAGAAAGUCGCAGCCAAGAAGCCAGCCGCUAAGAAGCCCGCAAAGAAGGCAACAACCCCGAAGAAGGCAGCGAAGAAGAGCGCUAAAAGCCCCGCUAAGAGCCCCGCCAAGAGCGCCAAGCCGACGGCUAGGAAAGCCCCAGCGGCCAGGAAGAGUCCUGCUGCCAAGAAGAGUCCCGCUAAGAAGGCCAGCAAGCCUAAAGCCAAGACUGCAGCCAAGAAGAAGUAA